GCGACAAUGACGUUUCCGGACACUGGCAUCAAUUUGACAUAAAGUUGACAUUUAAUCGUCAAUAAUACAUCCAAGAACAUAGUUUAUAGUUUUUUUGAUUAAUUUUUUUGUAAAUAUAACGGCAACAAUCUCAAAACUUGUCUCGUGUGUUUGUCCAUACCUUAAAAAAUAAUCCGAAGUGAAUAAUGUCAUCGGGUCGCCCCAUUAAGUGUGUAGUCGUAGGCGACGGCACCGUCGGAAAAACCUGCAUGCUCAUUUCCUACACGACAGAUAGUUUUCCGGGCGAAUACGUCCCCACAGUUUUCGAUAACUAUUCCGCCCCGAUGGUAGUAGAUGGAAUCUCCGUCAGUUUGGGUCUGUGGGACACCGCCGGACAAGAAGACUACGACAGACUGAGACCGCUCUCGUAUCCACAAACCGACGUAUUCCUCAUUUGCUUUAGUGUAGCGUCGCCAUCCUCGUUCGAAAACGUGACUUCCAAGUGGUACCCAGAAAUCAAACACCAUUGUCCCGACGCACCCAUGAUAUUGGUUGGUACAAAAAUAGAUUUAAGGGAUGACCGCGAGACCUUAAACGCGCUGGCGGAUCAGGGCUUGAGCCCCAUCAAGCGCGAGCAGGGCCAGAAGCUGGCGAACAAAAUAAGGGCCGUUAAGUAUAUGGAAUGCUCGGCUUUGACGCAAAGGGGGCUCAAACAGGUUUUUGACGAAGCCGUUCGAGCCGUCUUGCGGCCCGAACCCCAAAAAAGACGACAACGCAAGUGUUUGCUUAUGUAAUUAGAGUUAUUUUAUUGUUUCUUAUCAACGACUGAACGGACUUUUUCAAUCUUUGCAAAUAGUUCAGGGCAUUUAAAGUCAAUAAGGACUUACGUGUAAGGUGUUAUACAGCCUGCUGGGUUUUCUUUUUUAAGGCUUUUUUUAUCGUUUUAUACAGAUAUACUCAAACAAUCUCGGAGGCAGGAUAAAUGCAUUUUUGAAAUAUUUUAUUAUUGAUUUUUACAUAAAGUAUUGUGAUUAGGAUUUUGUUAACAAAAGUCAAAACUUCAUUUUUUGCGAAUCUUGGUGUUUCAAGAUGCACAGAAGGAUGCAAAGUGGUAUUUUAUGCCAUAGCACAAACUACAAACGUUGGGUAAUAAAAUCAAAUCAAUUUUAAUAUAAAUGUCUACAAAAAUCAUCAAAAAUUUGAUCAUUUUGCAUCCACAACAAACAUUUUUAGGAAAUCAUCUCAAUUGUCCAAAACCACUGCCCAAUUAGUUUUUAUCUAUAAUUACACCAAGUAGUGAUUGCACUAUUCUGAAUCAUAAUGGAUCUGGGUAAAACGUUUUCUUUGUGGGUAACAAAACCAAACUAAACUGUGCCAUUUUACUCUUUUUUUAAUGAAAAAUACUCAAUUCGUUGCAGCAAAGUCAUCAUGGAAUCACAACUAUUUACUUAAGCCACGUACUUUUUCUUUCAACUUGUUAUAUAUUUGCGUUAUUCAAGAAUAACAUUAUCAGUUUUAAGAAAAUGUUUUGUAAGUAGUUUCAUGUUCAGUUAUUAUAAAGCUUUUUCAUAAUAUGAAGAGCAGCUAAAUUUCUAAGACUUAAAAUUAACACGUAUUUAAUUUAUCGUUUCUAACAUCACAUUUUGUAUUUCAUUAAAAGUGACUUGUUAAAAACCAAAGUAAUGUAAGUUCUAGUCACCCUUUG